CCUAUAAAAAGCCCGACACUCUUGACAUACCAUCACCUUGUUCUCGAAGAAUCAGCAACAUUCUUCGCAAGUACUGGUGUGAAGUAGCUCAUAAUCUUCCCCACUCCGGUAAUAAGCAGCAGCCAAUGGAUGCACAGAAUGAUGUUAACCGGAGAGAAUUCAGGUGGACAAUCAGCAAGUUUACUAGGCUGACUGCGCAGAAGCUUUACUCUAAUGCAUUCACAGUUUCUGGUUGUAAAUGGAGAGUUCUGGUAUUCCCGAAGGGAAACAACACACACCAUUUGUCGCUGUACCUCGAUGUCCCUGAUGCUGCGACGUUGCCGAACGGGUGGACCAGACACGCCAAGUUCAGCUUGAGUGUGAUCGAUCAAAUCGAUAAUGCUCGCUCUUUUAAAGAAGAGGCGCAACAUCAUUUUACUGCGAGGAAGAGAGACUGGGGUUUCACAAGGUUCAUUCCAUUCGCUGGGCUUCAUAGUCCUUUGCGGGGAUACUUAGCAAAUGACAUCUUGGUGAUUAAAGCCGAAGUUUGCGUCUUAACAGUUACUCCUCCAGUGAACAUUCAGCCAGCUAGACCAACUAAUAAGUUUGAUUCCUAUUUUACUAGUCUGGAGGAAUUCGUCAAAGUUGCUGAGACUAAUGGUGUUAGUGUAGGAUCAUGUUUAUGCCACCAAAAUGCUGCUUUGACUGCUGAAAUUCCUAGCUUAGAAGAAAUUGGGAAGGCUAAGCAGUCGUUGAAGGAAUGCCUUUCGGAUCUCUUUAAAUUGAAUAUGAAAGAGAAGCUAUCUGAGGCACUAUCUACUUUAAGCUUAGCCAGAACUGGAUUAUCAUUGGAGCAACAAAAAGCAAUUGAGACAUUUCAGGCCAAUUUCAAUGAUUUCACUUCCGACUUCUUAGCAUUUGAGCAGGACAAUGCUGAGUUUGAGCUGCAUAAACUUCAAAAGGAUCAAAGGUUCUCUAUUAUGAAGAAGAGCCAGGAGACUCACAUCUUGUAUAGGCAGUUGAUGGAUGACCUCAUCAUGGAAGAAGAAGAGCUCAAGAGAAAGACAGGGGAAGUGAAGUCCAGGAAGGAGAAGCUUCUCUCAGACUGGGAGAUUUUGCUGGUUGAGUCUGAAGAAGCGAAGUUGGGCUAUAAAGAUGAGCAGAAGAAAGUAGCAGAGGCUGAGGAAAAGAAGAGAAUAGCAGAAGAAAGGAUGUCUAGAUCAACCACUGCUUGGUCAAAUUUGAAAGCCCAAUUCUGUUAAAAUUUACGGUUACAAAUAGGUUAUGAUAAAUUGUUCACUUAAGAAUGGAAACUGCGUUUUAGCUUGACUGUUUGUUGGCCAAGGUUCAGCAGAACAAUUUUUUAGAGUUGGUCAUGUGGUUGCAAAUCAUGUUAGUUUAGUCAGCAUGUGGGUCAAAUAUGUACGUAUGUAUGUACGUAUGUAUGUAUGUCUAUAGGGUUAGUUCUUGAUGUCUUGAUAUGAAUUGCGUUGUCAUCGUGCUUUUUGCC